AUGUGUAAAGAACUAGAUAUUUUGAAUUUAUUAAAAAAAAUAAAAACAAAAACAAACAAAAUCUCUAAUGACAUAGAAGGCUUUGAUUUUGAUUUAUUAGAAGAGGAUAGUAAUGUUUUCUGCGAUAUGUAUACUAUUAGAGAAUUAAUUUGUUGGAACAAUACUAAAGAAAAAGAUUUAGACAAAUAUAAGGAUGUUUAUAAUAAUUAUGAAAAUGAAAUAAAUUUCUACUUUAAUGAAGAAGUUGAAAAAAUAAUAUAUUCAUCCUUAAUUAAUAAAGAUGGCGAAUUUCUUAUUAAACCAAAAGAUGAAACCAUCUAUAAAUCUUCAAAUAUAAUUGAUCAAAAACUAAACCAUACAAUGUUGGAAUAUAAAAAAUUGAGAAAUUAUCAAUACAAUGUAAAAUAUUUUAAACCUGUAAAUCUUGAUAAUAAAAGAAAUUUUUCAGAUUCUUCAAUAAGUUCAAAUAAAGAUAAUAAAAAUAUAGAAUGCAAUUUAAAGGAUAUAACAAAAAUAAUUAAACAAUAUACAAUUAAUUAA